UCUAUUUCACGCACGUACGAACGAACAGACAAACAAAACACAAAGCGAACUCUCGAUAAAAAAAAAAGAACAACAAUUCCUUUAGGGCACAAAGAGAAAGCACCUCUUCAACAACAACAACAACAACAAAAAGAAAAGAAGAAGCAAAAUUUCGCGGCUAAAUCAAUCGCUUCUACUGGUGUACAACAACAAAAUUGAGAAGAAAAAAUCGGGGUUGGUUUCUAAGGCUGGAUUUCGAAAUCUAGGUUUUAAGUUUCGGAAGAUGGGGUCAGAAUCAGAUCAAUGUUCUUCUUCACGAUUGAACACUCUCGAGAUCAAAUCCCUAAUCUACCAGAAACUAGGGCACUCGAGAGCGAACACUUACUUGGACCACCUCGGAAAAUUCCUCACCUCGAGGAUAACCAAGUCCGAGCUCGACAAGACCAUCUGCAGAGAACUCGUCCCUCUUCACAACCGUCUCCUACGUUCCAUCCUCAAGAACGCAGCCGCCGCCAAAUCUCCUCCGACGAGAUACAACCUCAAGAGAUCUGCUGCGUUCCCUCCGUCGUCGUCGCCGCGAAAAUGCAGGUCGAAGAAGUUUAGAGACAGGCCGAGUCCUCUCGGUCCGCUAGGGAAGCCUCAGAGCAUCACCACGACGACGAACGAUGAGACGUCGAUGUCGAAGCUGCAGAGAGUUCCGAUGGAAGAAGGAGAAGAGGUUGAACAAAGCGUAGCACAGAGCAGGAGCCCGUUGACCGCGCCGCUCGGUGUUUCGAUUACCACUAGAGUUAGAAGAAGGUCGAGCGGUGAGAGUUGUUGUCGGAACAGCGGCGAGUUACCUGAUACGACGACGUUGAGGAGUGUGUUGGAGAGGAGGAUGGAGAAGGAAGGGGUGAAGUUAUCGGUGGGCUCUGCUGAUGUUUUGAAUAAGGGGUUGGAUGCGUUUAUUGCGAGGCUGAUAAAGCCUUGUUUGAGUUUGGUCCGACGAGAGAGAGCGUCGAUGUUGGAUCUUCGCGCUGCUGUGGAGUUGAAUCCACGCGUUCUUGGAGAGGAUUGGCCUAUACAUCUUGAGAAAAUAUAUUGUCGUGCUUCGUCCGAGGAGUAGAGUUGUCAAGAAACCGUUUAUAUAGCGAUUUUGGAACAUUUUGAUUCUUUUCCUGGAAUAUGGAUGGAGUUUGCCAUUAGAGUCUUGUUGAAGAAGCUUUGAAGGGGGAAACAAAAGAGGCUUCAGGCUGUACAAGUUUGUGAUCGUUAAAUAUAUAGUUUUAAACACCAUUUGUUUAGAAGACAUCUUUUACUUCUGUAGCUUUCUUACUUCGCAUGUCUUCUCGUAAUGUAACAAAUUUUCCAUUAGAGCAAAAGAAAUUUUUUAACA